UAGGCUACAUUUCUCCACAGAAGACCUAUAGGUAAACCAUUGCUUUUAUGGUUUUAUUAGGUUGGAGAUAGUCGUGCUGUUGUAACGUUAUAUCAAGAUGAUUUAGAUCAAACGAUUAGUUCAAUAAAUGUAAGUCAAUAUAUUUAGCUAUAAAGAAGUUUAGAUUUAAACCUUAAAUAUUCUUGCGGAAAAAAAAACAAGCUUGAAAUGAAAUGCACUUCAAAAUUAAAUUAUUUUUUCUUUACUGAUUCACAUUAACUACGGGCCAUGGAUUAAGAAAAAACCUAGCUUGAGUUUCAUCUAUUGGCGCCAUGGAAAUGGAAGCCUGUGUCAUUUUUUUGACUGCCCUUCUACUGAUAUGGCCUGAAGGAGGUUUCGUACAGGCGCAAUCAUGUGACAGGGGAAUGCACUGGAGUCCCGAGAAGCAGACGUGUGAAAAAUGUCCAGUGGGCACGUACCAAGAUUAUCUCCAGUCUGUACCAACAGAAUGUAAACGUUGUCCUGAUAACACGACAACCUUCAUUGAAGGCGCAACCUUAGAAACAUAUUGUAGAGUUGACUGCCCAGUAGGCACAGAGUAUAACUUUCAGUACUACAAUUGCUCUUUGUGUCCUGUUGGUGAGUUUAGGAACGAAGCGGUGCAGUUUUGUUACUUAUGUCCUUACGGCCACACAACAGUAAACUCCGGCUCAAGCGCGUGCAUCAAGACAAACACCAACCCGCCACUGAUACAGAAACUGGACAUCUCUAUUGCAUUGUCCUUCAACUUGGGACCGUGUGAGAACAUCAACCACGUGACUAGCACUGUCCAACAGAACGUCAUAUUCCUGAUGAGACGUCAGAGGGCGCGCUACCCUGAUCUGUGUACAUCCGACAACUGUGGCAACAUCCGAAUCACUAUAGGAAGCGUAUGCAACGCUAGCGAGGGGGCCAGGGCGCAAAUAGACGUCAUCAACAUCGACCACGUUUUAUAUGACAAGAAGGUGGAGCAUUAUAGAAACACUAUCUCUGUGCUGCUUGAAGCCUUUUACGAUAUGACCAUCAUCCAGGACUCGCUGGCAAAUCCACCAAUCUGUGACACUGGCCAGAUUUUAAAGCUUGAUGGAGAAUGUGAAAAAUGCCAGGCUGGACAUUACGCUAAUGUCGAUAGUGUCAAAUGCCAAAUUUGUGUGAAAAAUGAAUAUUCUGCUAACCCAGUGAACAACUUUUGCAUACAAUGUCCACCUAAUACAGAGACAGAAGAUGAAGGCAGUUCCAGUAUCAGCGACUGUAAAAGAAAGACGUCCAAUAUAAUUAUAAUAGCGGCAAGUACAAGCAGUGCUGUGGUGUUUUGUGUUGUGGUAGUUGCUGUGGCUGUGGUUUGCUGGAGGAGAAAACAUUCCAAAAGGGAAUCUAGACCAACAACCCAGGGAUCCCAAAACGUUUUAAAACACCUCCCACAGAAGAAUAGAACUCAACACGUCGUACACAACCACUAUGUAGAGCACCGAGACGCAAGGAAGAAAAUGGAAAGAUCAGGUGUUCAAGAAAAUCCUACAACUUAUAAUGUUUCUUACGACUAUCCCUCCAAAGAAAAUUGGGAGACUGCUACUCAGCAUUAUUACAAAAAUCCAGAAAAUAUCCCAGAUUACGUCACUCCUGAAAACACACUUUAUGAAGAAGAAAUCUACACGGAGAUUGUCAGUUGAAGAGUUUGAAACAUCUUUCGAAUUUAUCACUACAUAGAAUGAGUUGCAAAAUAAACUUUAUAAUGAUUGUGUUCUUUAUUUAAAUAGUCAUUACCAUAUCACUCCUGGAGGAAACUCCUUCAACAGUUGCUGUUAGGCUAAACAAUGCUCAAAACUGAAACAGUAUUUUUAGCGGCACCCAAAAGGAGAAAUGCCGCUAUUAGUUUUGUGUGGUCUGUCUGUCCGUCCGUCCCAUUUAGAUCGCAAAAGCUAGAAAAUAUCUUGAACAUCCGAUAUCAAGAUAGUUUGGAUCUUCCAAAAUUAAAAAAUACACCAUUUUUACAACUUUUAAACUAUUAAUAGUUAAGAAGGGAGACUACAUUAUUAAAGGAUUAAAGAUUUUAGUAUAUUCUUGUAGUUAUGUGGUAUAUAUGUAUAUAUUUUUUUCUAAAAUAAUGUUAUAUAAAUAUUUGUAUUACUAAAUUUAGAUUUUAUGUUAUACAAGCUAUUAAAAUGUUUAAUAAAUUGUUAACUUUGGUAUUAAAAGAAAGAGAAUACAUUUUGAUUGUGUUUGGGAAGAACAUAUUUUAAAAUAACAUUUAAUAAGCAAGGUUUCUAUAUUACACACGCACGGUGCAGAAUAUAUGUAUAUACCUACACAUUUAAAUUAAAGGGAGAGUCCUCUCCCGUGUGACAUUUAACUGAGAGAUUGGUCUUUUACAAAACCAUAUAUUAGAUAAUUAUUCAAUAACAUCAGUUAAGUCAGGUUCACAUUGAACCAUAGGUUUAUGGCCAAAACUUCCUUGAAUACAUUUGACUAUUAAAUUAACAAUGUAAUAAUAUUGUAAUAACUGAAGGGAGGCAACUCAAUGAGACAUACAUGUUUAUUUACAUGAGAGACACGAGAGACAUGUAGAACAACAUCUGCCUUGAACACAGCAUCUUCAUCUCGGUUCUACCACACUUGGGCGGAAAUCGUUCUCUCUCCUCUAAUCAUGUCAACAUCCUUCCUCGUCUAGUCACUAAUAGUGCGUACCUUCUGCACUGUCUUGGAUGGUGGUGUGCAUGGCGGGGUUAUACCAAUAUUAACAUUAAUAUAUCUCCGUACCCUGUUGUUUCACGUCGUCAAUCGGCAUAGCAAUACACAAAUAUCCGCAACACUUUCGAUACGUACACUUCUCUUCUUCUUAUAAUGGUGGAGAUUGUGUUGUGGUUGUUGAUAGGAGAUGGUGUUGUGGUUGAUGAUAGGAGAUGGUGUUGUGGUUGUUGAUAGGAGAUAGUGUUGUGGUUGUUGAUAGGAGAUGGUGUUGUGGUUGUUGAUAGGAGAUAGUGUUGUGGUUGUUGAUGGUUUGUAGUUUAUAGCUUCUAAUAUUCUGCUGAAAACCUGCCUUUUUACCUGCCUGAGUGGCGACCACUUCGGGUCCAAUUUUAAACGUGUGUUUCAACACAAUGUUAUUACGCCAUGUAAUAAAUUAUGUUAAUGUAAUUUUAUUAAUUAUGUGUAUAUUUAUGUAUAUUUAUAUAUAUAUAUAUGUGAAAUAGACUAUGUAUAUGCUUUUUUUUCAAGAUUAUGUAGAUUUAGAUGUAGUUAUGGAAUCAGAUUUUUAUCUAUUUUGCUACUUUCUUCACUAUUUAGUUUUCAAAAGUUUUAUGUAUAAUUACUACUUGACUAUUUUGUUUUCAAAAGUUUUAGGUAUAAUUGCUACUUGACUAUUUACUUUUCAAAAGUUUUAGGUAUAAUUGCUACUUGACUAUUUACUUUUCAAAAGUUGUAUGUAUAAUUGCUACUUUACUAUUCUGUGCUAGAGUGUUUUUAAUUUUAUUAUGUUAAGUCAAUUAUGAUAAAAAUUCCACCUUUUUAAGUCUAUUCUAGUUCUGGUGUUUGUCUAUUGAUAAUACAUGUAUGUUCUUUUUGGAUUAGCUGAAAAGAUAUUUUAUAUAUAAGUCCAGUACAACUCACUCUCUGAUUAAACAGAUUAUUUUUUAUAAGACCAAGACAACGAAAUUUUAAUUCAAUUAUAAAUAUUUAUAUUUUAUACAAAUUACAUAAAAAAAAGAAAGCAGCAACAACUAGAAAGCCAUGAAAAAGCCAUGUGUGAGAUCUUCCCCUUCCGAGAAUUAAUAUACCAGCUGCUGUUUUUGGCUUCGGUUAGUGUUGUCGCGGUCAGAAAGAAAA